GGAGCGGCGCCCGUUACAUUCCCGCUGGUAUCUGUGCCGGAAACAUUUGCAGCAGGCGCCCGGUGAGACGUUCCCGACUACAAAAGCCUCCGUUUCCAAUUUCCAGUCUCUCCAAGUCUCCCGCUCGUGACGUGCACGCGCCGCUACACCCCUGCAACGUCGACGGCAACGGUAGCUGCGUCACGUUGCAAACAGUCGCCCCGGGUACUUGGUGGGUAACGGACGCGCUUGUUCCACCGGUGAAAUGGCCUGCUGCUGUCUUGCGCUCGGCGCGAUCCUCCUCGGCGGCGCCAUGCUGUUCGUCCUGGCGAGAAGGUACCUCUCGUCCCGCGGGACGAAGCCGCCCAAGCUACCGGAGACUUGGUGGACGCCCGGCACCGAGAGCUCCGUCAACAAUGACGUCAGGCCGUACAAAGUGACUUUUGCCGCGGAGGUCAUAAAAGAUUUGAAAUAUCGAUUGAAGCACACUAGACAGCUGACGCCGCCGUUGAAGGAUGUUGCCUGGAAUUACGGCACCAACACCGAUGCCUUGCGCAAACUUCUGGACCACUGGGAAAAUAAUUAUAAUUUUGAGGAACGUGAGAAAUACAUAAAUCAGUAUCCACAUUUUCAAACGAAUAUUCAAGGAUUGGACAUUCACUUCGUCCAUGUGAAGCCAAGUAAUGCAGAGGGGAAACGCGUUUUGCCAUUGUUACUCGUACAUGGAUGGCCCGGCUCUAUCAUGGAAUUUUACAAGAUCAUUCCAUUGUUGACUUCACCGAGACCCGAGCACGAUUUCGUGUUUGAAGUGGUCGUGCCAUCGCUACCAGGAUUCGGUUUCUCCAGCGCAGCCACAAUACCCGAUCUUUCGGCUAUGCAAGUGAGCGUAAUUUUCAAGAAUCUCAUGCUCAGGCUUGGUCACGAUAAGUAUUACGUUCAAGGCGGUGAUUGGGGUUCCACCGUUAUUCACACUAUGUCGUGUCUAUAUCCGCAAUACGUCUUGGGUAUGCAUUCCAAUUUGUGCCUAGUAUUCAAUAAGUGGGCUUUAUUGAAAAUAGCUUUGGGCUUCCUUCCUUCCUUGCCUUGGGCAAAGAAGAAGAAAGGUUCUGGUUCUUUCCUGGGAGAGAGCGGAUAUUAUCAUAUCCAAGCUACAAAACCAGACACAGUUGGGGUCGGUCUGAACGACUCGCCUGCCGGUUUGGCAGCGUAUAUCAUCGAGAAAUUUUCGACUGGUACAAAUCCGUCUUACAAAAACAGGGCAGAUGGUGGAUUUCUGGAGAAAUUUACGUACGACGAGUUGAUCGAUAACUUGAUGAUCUAUUGGGUGUCGAAUAGCAUUACUACAGCUGUGAGAAUAUACGCUGCAAUGUACACCAAGACCAACCGACCCCUGUCGUCGAUCCUGGAAUCGACACCGAUAAAAGUUCCCAGCACUUGCGCGCAGUUCCCUUAUGAAAUCAUGACGCAUAGUCCGGACGUACUGAGACAACGAUUCGUGAAUCUCUUGCGCGUUACUAAAAUGCCUCGAGGUGGCCAUUUUGCGGCACUCGAGGAGCCUGAAUUACUCGCAGACGACGUAUGGAUCUCCGUCAACGAGAUGGAGAAGUGGAACAAGGAGCACAGGGAAACGGUAAUCAGUGAACAAGAGGAGAACAAACGGGAUUCGUAAGCGAGAACGGCGCGGAAACGUCGCUCGAACGAAACAGAAAUUACAGGAUGAUUAUUUUUAACUUUUGCAUUUUACGCAGUGCGUUUACAAGAUAUCAGUGUAUGUAUUUGUAUUACUGUUGCGUGCUCUUGAUAUUUUCUACUUUCUACAAGUUGUAACAGUUGUGUUAGCAAUUUUUUUUGCACGAGCGUCGAAGAUGUGUAUUUAAAAAUAAAUGUUAUGUAAGUGAAUUCACUUCCUGGUGGAAAUAAAUGUUAUGUAAAGUGAAUUCACUUCCUGGAAAUAUAAUGGGAUUUUGCUAAACUA